CUAGCUACCGCCUAGCCGCCUAGCGACCGCCUCGCGCCCUCCUAGCAACCGCCUAGCCUCCUUGCUCCUUCCUAGCGACCGCCUAGCCGCCUAGCCUCCCGCGUAGGCCGAUUUUUCGAACACUGCGAUUGACUGAAAGUCUGAAACAACAAUGGCCUCUUUCAGCGUCCUUUGGCUUCUUUUCCAGUCUAUGCUUUCUCAGCUGCUUCUGGAGUUUGACUCAUGGUUGCAGAUAUUGACGAUGCAGAGGUUAUUGGGUACCUUAACAUCAAGCAGGCGGUGCUGUUCAAAAGAAUGAUUUGGGAAGCAAUGAACAAGGACUAUGAUAAGGAAAAGAGUAGAAAACGAGCUAGAAUGGCCAAGAAAGCUACUCGUGCUAAAAAGCUAGAAAAGGCUGUCAAAGUUUCUACUGUGAUGGAUACGAAGAAUAGGCUGAGUUCAAAAAUCAACUAUGAUGCUUUGGAUAAAUUAAAUGGAGAGCUUGGUUAUGCACCAGGUGAUAUGCAACUGUCAAAUGAGAAGAAGGCACAAAGUCUAAUUGUGGCAAUCCAGGUGAUAUGCAACUGUCAAAUGAGAAGAACAAUUUUGAAGGCAGUCAGGAUGAUGAUUUUGAGCAUGAAAGUAAUGGAUACAGUGAAGAGGCUGAAGCCAGACAAGGCCAUGAUGAUGAUACAUAUGUUGCAAAUGACCAAUAUAAUGGAUGCAACUAUGAUGACGAAUACAAUUAUGAUGAGGAAUGCGAUUUUGACGAAUUAUGACUCAAAUAAAAAAUGAUUCAGUUGUAUCAUGUUGCGAUCAAAAGGUUAAGCAAUUAAAUCUUCUGGUUUUUGAUAACUUCUUUGAUUGGUAUCAAUCUGAGAAGAGAUGCAAUUGAGCGUUGCUUGCAUGUCAAACUAUGUGAACUAUAACCAUGAGCACAAAUUUGUAAAUUGAAACAUUGAAUGGUUGGUUCCAAGUUGUUCACACUUUAUUUAGUGUAGAGAGAAGCACCAGUUUGACAAUAAUAUUUCCCCGACA